AUGGCAGACGGAACGGACCCGGGUGCUGCCUUUGACUUUAAACUCUACCGAUACACUCCUUCACUUCCUGCAGCUAUCGCAAGUGUUGCAGUUUUUGCCGUGCUUACGGUUCUUCACACCUGGAGGCUGCUUAGAGCCCGAGCAUUCUACUUCUCUGCGUUCACAAUUGGUGGAGUUUUCCAAACCAUCGGUUACUGCGGUCGAAUAUGGAGUCAUUAUGAUGCCCUCUCGAUUGGCGGGUUCGUCAUUCAAGCCAUCCUGAUCCUCGUCGCUCCCGCCCUCUACGCCGCCUCGAUUUACAUGAUUUUGGGUCGCUUGAUUCGCACCCUCCGAGCUGAACAUCUGUCUCUGAUCCCAGUGAACUGGGUUACACGGAUCUUUGUCACUGGCGAUGUCAUUGCCUUCUCCCUCCAAGCAGGAGGUGGAGGCAUCCAAUCUGGUGGGACCUUGGACCUCUAUAAGAUUGGUGAAAAGAUUAUUAUCGCCGGUCUUUUCUGCCAGAUUUGCAUCUUUGGCUUCUUCAUAGUCACAGCUAUGCUCUUCCACCGUCGAAUUAUACUCACACCGACGCGUGUGGCGGAGAGAGGUGAUGUCCCUUGGAAGAGACAUCUCUGGGUUCUCUACAUCACCAGUCUCAUUAUCCUGAUUCGAAGUGUUUUUCGCGUGAUUGAGUAUUUGCAGGGAAAUAAGGGAUAUCUGAUCACCCACGAGAUCUUUCUUUACAUCUUUGACACGAUCCUUAUGGCGGUUGUUAUGGCUAUUUUCUUGAUCUGGUAUGUCGAACAGCUCAGCCCGAAGGACAAGAGCAGUCGACGAAGCUCCGAUGAGAGUGAUGGUGAUGUUGGCUUGGAGGCAUUGGCCCCCGACAGAAGAUAG